AUGGACCGCCAAAAAACUCUAAAGACACUAAGAUGGUACGAUGAGAGCUAUGCGUAUGAGAUAGAUUCAUAUCAUUUCGACCGGGCUUGUUGGAAAAUGAGGACACUCGAGCGCACUUUCCAUGAAACUACCAAAUCUAGCCGCAUCCGUUGCUGUCAACAGAUCAGCAAUCAUAUUGAAGCGAUUCUCAAGCCGACUGCUCCAAUCGAUUACAAUGCUAUGUCCGACGAAGAACUGAUGGAGCGCUUCAAAUCUAUCAAGACACGAAAUGCCGAAUUGAGAAGUCUUUUCCAAUACCAAGACACAUAUCUGCCUUCUUGGGAUCCUUUCAGCGGAAUACGCAGACGUGUUAAAGCCGCAAUAAGUGAGAGUUGGGGAUCAAUGAUAAGGAAAAUGAGGAAGGAAUAA